UGGGCUAUUCCCUCUCUCAAGCCUCAAGGACCUGAGUCCUCGAUGUACUUUCAGUAUAACCGCUUACAUAGUCGCCCCUCUCAGGUGGAAGGCCCGAUGUUGUGACCAGUCUCCCUCUCUCGACCAUCAUGUCCAGUCCCUCCUACUCUCGAUGCUUCCCCCUUACUUCGUCUUAUUUUCUUUCUUUACUUCACCUUUCAUUGUCACUGCAAGCAGGAACUAAUGCGUUGGCUUCUCAAUAUUCGCUUGCUACUAGCACUUCGUUCCCAUUUCCCACUUCUACCCUCUCUAGCUCCGAUUCCCAGUCUCAUAUAGUCUCCAAGUGGUCCUUGGAGAAGGCCAAAAUUCAAGAUGGCUCUCAAAGUAUCGCUUUUGUUGCCGAUCCGCUCAACGCCUCUCCAGGACCUGUUUUACGAGUCACGUACCCCAAAGGAAGCUACUCGCACGAUACCGGGGGUGUCCAGUUCAUCAACCUCUGGAACUCUACAAAUGAUCAACCCUACCGGUCUAUGAUGCUCAGCUACGAUCUUUUAUUUGACAAAGGCUUUGAUUGGGUAAAGGGAGGGAAGCUUCCAGGACUGCGAGGUGGUCCGAACGUGACUGGUUGUAGCGGUGGAAACCUGCCCACUGGACACGAUUGCUUCAGUACUCGACUAAUGUGGAGGAAGGGCGGUGCCGGGGAAGUUUACGCCUACAUCCAGUCUCCAAAUGGUCUUUGCCAAGAAAGCAGUGUUACAUGCAAUUCGGACUUUGGCAUCAGUGUGUCGAGGGGAUCCUUCACUUUUUCCCGGGGAAAAUGGAUCCGUGUUACUCUUUUAGUCCAACUAAACAAUCCCCCAGAUGUUGCCAACGGCAAUCUUGAACUCUAGUAAAAACUUGCUAGUCAUUCGGUCAUCAAAUAUCCAAUUGAACGUCUUCCGUUGUAGCAUUGACAAUCUUCAAGUGGUAUCGCAACAAGACCUUCAAUUCAGAACAAGCUCAGAAGUCGAUGUCAAUGGCUUGUUUUUCUCAACGUUCUUUGGAGGUCAUUAUCCUCAAAUGCCACUCUGUUCAACAAGCGUUCAUAUUAUCCUACAGGCUCCGACGACACUUGGUCCACUCCCGUUGACACACACACCUAUUACCGCAACGUGACAUUGUGGGGAAGUUCUGGUCCCUCGAUUCUCUCAGGUCAGAGAGUCAAAAGUUCGGCUACCGUGAUUAUGGCUCAUGUCACCGUAUUCCUACUGCCGCUUCUGGUGGGUUUGGUGGUACUGUAUCAUUAAGAAACUUCCUCAGUUCCUUCAUUUCAUGGAAUUGGCUUGCAAAGAUACACUCCGUGUUAGAUUAAUCAAUUGACUCGAUUAGACGUGUACAAUGGACCGCUCAGACAAGGCUAUACUGUACAACUUCCUACAGUUUACUGUACUACCCUUCAGUCCUGUAUAAUGAACGUUUGACAUCCGCGGACGAGCAG